AUGGCUACGGCUAUGACCACUGCUGCGGAUCCGAUGUCCGGGUCCCUAGACUUGGUUCUCGAGCUUAUUUGGCAACAUGCUAUGAACCAUCUGAAGUCUACCAAAAAUGAGAUCCUCCUUCCCGCAGAUAUCGAUGUGGUUAUCGGCCUAGACAAUGUUGAGAAAAUCAAAGAUCGCUUAAGCAUGCUGCUUAGCACCCCUGUGGUCUCGUUUAAAGACAACGUAAAUGGUGUCUACCGCAUCAUGCCUACUCCUGCGCUCGAUGGAGUGGUAGAUGCUGCUGUUGCUCAAAUUAUGCCCAUGAUUGUAACAAACAAUGAUCGAAGUGCCAGAUCUCCUAAAGCACGCAAGAUGAUUCGAGGGAAACCCGAAAAGAUUCCACGCCCGUCAAAUGCGUUCAUUCUGUAUCGCCGGCAUCACCAUCCUCUUGUCAAAGCAUCUAACCCUGACUUCCACAACAACGACAUAUCGAUACUCCUUGGUAAGAGAUGGAAGGCAGAGUCUUCUGAGACCAAAGCCUAUUUCAAAGCUCUCGCCGAUGAAAUCAAGGCCCAACAUGCCAAAGAUCACCCUUACUAUCAAUAUGCUCCUCGAAAGCCUUCGGAGAAAAAGCGUCGUUCGACCACUCGCUGUAAUUCGCGUAUUGUUAAAUCCUCCAAAUUUGGUUCUCGGGGUGCUGCCACUCCUAUUUCUCAAUCGGAUGGUGCAAACGCCAAUUUCCUCUCAUCAGCAAGCGACGAGAAUAACAUCCUUAAUGUCGAACGAAACUUCAACCUCCUUGUUCCUCUUAUACCGAGUCCGCAGCUCACGAAUAUGUCGAUGACCCACACCACCAAUUAUGUGGGAGGGUUCGGAGAUACUGGAUUUAUGAAUAUGCCCGUCCGUCGUCCAGUAGCUGGAAACACUGCCCAACAGUCCCUCCAUUCAAAUACCAGUGCCCCAACCCAGUGGGUCAAUCUGGAUUUCGAUUUGGACCAAUUCCUUGACACCUUUUCGCAAUGA